AUGCUGCAAAAGAGAGCUAAUCGUAGGGUUGGUGCACGUGGUGGAAAUCGGCAGCCUGCGAAUGCUGCUCCUGUGGUGGAUUAUGCGGCGUUAAGUGAUGCUAUGACACAGAGUAUGCGUGAGUUGUUGGCGCCAUUGUUGCAACUAGUUCCAGUGGCAAACCGAGCACCAGGAGUAAAAGUACCUCAAUAG